CUAUCACUCAUCCCAAAUUCAAAAACUCACAAACAACACUCUAUUUUCUACUCUCACCACCCUGCUCACAUUAGCACAAAUCAAAUGGCCGCCGCAACCGCCACCGCUGCAGCCACUUCUUCCUUCAUCGGCACCCGCCUCCGCGAAGUUCAAUCCAACUCGGGUAGGAUCCAAGCCCGAUUUGGCUUCGGAAAGAAGAAAGCCGCACCAAAGAAACCAUCCAGAUCAAGUCCAAGUACUGAUCGUCCAUUAUGGUUCCCCGGAGCAAAGUCACCGGAGUGGCUAGACGGAAGUUUGGUCGGAGAUUACGGAUUUGAUCCAUUUGGUUUGGGGAAACCAGCAGAAUAUUUGCAAUUUGAUCUCGACUCGCUUGAUCAGAAUUUGGCAAAGAAUCUUGCUGGAGAUGUGAUCGGAACCAGGACGGAGUUUGCUGAUGUGAAAUCGACUCCAUUUCAGCCUUACAGUGAGGUUUUUGGACUUCAAAGGUUUAGAGAAUGUGAGUUGAUUCAUGGUAGGUGGGCUAUGCUUGCUACUCUUGGUGCUCUUACUGUUGAGUGGCUUACUGGUGUUACAUGGCAAGAUGCUGGAAAGGUUGAGCUAGUAGAAGGAUCAACAUAUCUUGGACAACCACUUCCAUUCUCAAUCACAACACUAAUCUGGAUCGAAGUUCUAGUAAUUGGCUACAUUGAAUUCCAGAGAAAUGCUGAGCUUGAUUCAGAAAAGAGACUAUACCCAGGUGGAAAAUUCUUUGACCCACUUGGUUUAGCAUCUGAUCCAGAAAAGAAAGCAACACUUCAAUUGGCAGAAAUCAAACAUGCUCGUCUUGCUAUGGUUGCUUUCCUUGGUUUUGCUGUUCAAGCUGCAGCUACUGGUAAAGGACCACUUAACAACUGGGCUACUCAUUUGAGUGAUCCUCUUCACACUACCAUCAUUGAUACCUUUUCUUCCUCUUAGUUCUUGAUUAACUCAUGUAUGGUUCAACCUCUAUAUAUAUAAAUGCUUUUUGGCAUUGGUUUGUAAACAUUGUGGUUAGUUUAAUUAGUACUUGUAAAAUUCCUAAUGUGAAUUGGAGCAGUUAAGGUUAAAUAUUUUUUCUGCUGGAUGGGAAGUGUUCUACUAUAAAUGUUAACUAAGCAUGAAAUUAAGGGCAAUGAGGAACAUUAUGAACA